CCAGAGAUCUGCAUUGCAAAUAGACAUUUAUACCUGCAGGCAUGAUGCUCAUUAUAAUUGGCUCGAGUAUUUAGUAGAUACAGUACAAAAGUUUACGGUCGCUGUGUUUGGUGGGAAACAUUUACAGACACUGGAAAUCACUGUUGCGGACAAUGCUGAUUAUGACGGUAUUCAAAUGAGGCUUUUGGAUUCAUUCGUCAAAUUUCCCGACUGGAUUCUUGAGGCCCAUUGGGUCUCAGCAAAUAGCGAUUCCGAAGAAUGUGAUGCUCUCGUUCUUGUAUUUGCUCAUAAUUAUGUCGAGGUGUGGUCGCAUUCAUCAAAAACUAUACUUUUUAAAGUUCAAAACGAAGAGCGGUGUUUAUUGUAUUCUGCUCGAUGCUUUGGAUCUCGACUUGAUAACGUUCAGAUUGCAUCUGGAACUGUAUUUGGACAGGUGAUUCUUUGGAAUCUGUAUGCCCAAGAUGAGCAAAAUGAUGGUAAAGCACUAAAGCGUCUUAUUGGUCACGAGGGUGUGAUAUUCAAUAUUCAAUUCAGUCAAAACGGAUCCAAAGUUGCAUCAGUGUCAGACGAUCGUACUAUUCGUGUGUGGUCAACUACUGCUGAUGACAAUAUGCAGCAUACGAUUAUGCACGGACAUUUAUCACGCGUAUGGGAUGCCAUGUUUGUAGGAGAUAUGGUUGUCAGUGUGUCAGAGGAUGCCACUUGUAGAGUAUGGAAUCUGGAUUCUGGUGCACAGUUGGCUUGCUUUCAAGGACACGAUGUCAAGCAUGUUUGGGGACUUGCUGUUGAUUCAACCCACUCGGUUAUUGCUACUGGAGGUGGUGAUGGUGGCAUAAGGCUCUGGAACAUCAAGUCUCUGGCUGAACAAAAAUCAGACGUUGCUGACGAGAUGAUUACUGUAUCACUGAUUCCUGGUGAAAAAAUAGGCAAAAGGGCCGAGUUUCCUCGGGCUUUUGCAUUUGUAAAUGACACAAAUGUAUUGAUUUCAUCCAGCUACGGGCGAUUUAUUUUAUGGAGCGAGACCGAUCGCACACAGAAAGUUAUCUUGACUGAUGAACGGGUUUCUUCAUAUGUGGUAAUGAAUACGAUUCCGAAUAGUCAAGCAGUGAUUGCAGCCACUAUUGACGGAGACUUGCUUUUUUUCAGUAUUGAUCAAACAUUUGAGUCGAUUGAGUGGAAGCAUGUAGUUUUCGGAAAGAUUGACAACAUUUUCACAUUUAUUGAUGCGUCAAACAGUGAUGUUGCGCAUAUUAUGGUGUUUACUCAUCAGGGAAAUCGUGCUGUUUGGUACACCGUUUCUGGACUGAAAAGUACUAAAGUGGGAGGCUAUCCUACAAAAACAAUCUACGCACGGUUUGUUUUACCACCAAAUGUAGUUGUCACUACAGCUUUAUUACAUAUCACACAAAGCAUUUUGGCCAUUGGAACCCGAUGUGGCAGCAUUUUGCUAUAUGAUGCAUCCGGUGAUGCUAGGCUUACAUCAAAUCUACCUUCAAUGCUUGAAUUAUUAAAUACGCAUAGUGGCGAAUCGCUUACCAGUAUCUUGGCUGUCGACUCCAUCUUGACAACGGAUGCUCAAUUGAGACCCAUUCAUUUAUACACAGUCGGAAGAGAUGGACAUUAUUGCAAAUAUGUACUGUAUCAUGACCGGCAUGACCAAAAACGAGUUGACUGCUUUCCGCAAUCAACUUUUCAAUUUAUUAGCAAAUCCAUACACGGUUGGCACAUUGAUCUCAUACAUCAAUCUCGACUCACUAAAGGCUGGCUAGAGCAAAUUAUUCUUGUUGAUGGCAUAGUCCUUGUUGGUGGGUUUUAUGACAAAAAGUUUUUUGUUUAUAACGAAACGAAAAAGUAUGAAAUGGCGUCGAUUUCAUGUGGAGGAGGACAUCGGCAGUGGAAAUUACAAGUAUUUGAUGGACUUUUUCAGCAUGCCAACUUUGCAUUUAUUCGUGGUGGCAAUUUAAUGGUUCUUGCGAAGCGACCAUUGAUGACUGCACCAUUUAUUGAUUCAAAAAUACAAGACAAUUACUACGGACGAGAGACGCGAGCUGUAUUGAUUGUAGAUCUUGCACAGACAGCCACAUCAACAACUCGGUUGGUUAUUUCUGCUGGAGAAGAUGGAAUCAUGACUUUGCAUAAAUAUGAUCCAACUCUUUCUGCAGGAAAAAUUCUUGAGCGACUUGGUACGUAUCGUAAACAUUCUGGAGCAAUACGAUGUUUGUGCCAGAUUCAAAGACAUGAUGGCCAGACAAUGAUAUUUUCUGCAGGAGCACGAGAGGAUUUAAAGUGCUGGAGAUUGCACGUUGCUAAAUGUGAGGAUGUGCAAUAUAGAGUCAAUUUCUUGGAUGUUGCUACUGCGCCUACUGUGAGUCAAGUAAGUGAAACUCGGAUCAUGUCAGUAUCUGCCGUACGACUUCCAUUGGCCUCUUUUGGAUUGAAUACCAACGAAAGUAUGCACAGCGUAGAGCGAUACUAUGUUAUUGCAACUGCUUGCUCGGAUGCUAUUGUUCGAGUGUGGUUAUUCGAUCAGAUUGACAAUUGUUUCAUUUAUUUUGGCGAGUCUGGGUUCCAUGGCCGAUGUGUACAGCAGGUUCAACUGUCUUGGAUUACUGAAUGUAAAUUUUUGGUACUGUUUAGUGGUGGUACUGAUGGACGAGUGGCUUUGUGGGAUUUAUCUCGGUUGGCCAAGGACUUUCUUGUGCAGUAUCAAUCACGACAUAUAGAAAAAUUGAACGUCGAUUGUUCAAUAUCACAACUGGAUAGUCCUAUGGCAACAUGGAAGCAGCAUAAGUCGGGAAUCAAGGCAAUGCACGUAUGGGUAGAUCCUACCGAUACCCGCGAGUAUUCUUCACAUAGUAGAUUGAUUGUUGCCACAGGUGGUGAUGACAAUGGGCUUUCAAUAUUGCAUAUUCAUAUUUGUCCACAAGCGGAUAGCACAAUUCAAGCACAUCUUUUAAACCAAACCACCCACUCUUCAGCUCAUGCUUCUUCCUUUGGUGGCGUGACGGUAAUGGAUCGUGAUCGUAUCUUGACUGUAUCGAUUGACCAGCGAUUGAUUCUCUGGCGUAUUCAAGAAGAUACAAUGGAUGUGAUAUUUGAAAAUGCAGUGUUUGUUGAUGUGCCUGAUGUUGGAGAUAUGGCUGUUUCUACAUCUGGUUGUGGAAAUGGUAGUCAAAGUGUUGCACUAGUUGGUAUGGGAAUGCAGAUACUUGAUUUGGAAUUUUGAAUAGAUUGUUGAGAUCUAGUGGUUUAAUUUACAGCUGUACUCACGCAAGAUGAUACACUUGCAGACUGUCACUAUCUCGCCUUGAAAUAAACAGUCGAGUAUUUGUUGGUUUCCUACUAU